AUGCUUGAGCGGUUCUCCAAGCUCGAUAAGGCACUACGAGUUUUCGCUUAUGUUCAGCGCUUCAUCCAGCGCUCGCAAAAACGACCUAUUCCAGGCGAGCUGCAGCUAUCCAAUACAGAGAUUUCCACAGCUGAGCGACUCCUAAUUUUCAUAACACAGCGCAGAUACUUUGCGCUUGAAUAUGCCUGCCUGAGCCAAAAGCGGCCAAUUCCAGCAUCCAGUUCUAUUAAGAACAUGAAUCCCUUCCUUGAUCCUCACGGCCUCAUCAGGGCGUGUGGUCGGGUGACGGCCUCCGAAGUCCUCCAAUAUGAUGAACGGCAUCCGAUCUUUCUUCCAUACAACUGUCAGUUGGCGCGUCUCCUUGUAUCCUUUACGCAUCGCAUCUCCUUGCACGGCGGUAAUCAGCUAAUGGUACGCCUGAUCCGCUCAAAAUUCUGGAUACCAAGGGUCAAGAACUUAGUCAAGUCUGUAAUUUUCUCCUGCAAAAUAUGUGUGAUCCACAAAAAGAAGUUGCAGACCCAACUCAUGGGCGAAUUACCAAAAGAAAGAACGUCCUUUUCGCGGCCUUUUACGUACACGGGCAUGGAUUAUGCCGGACCGUUUGAUAUAAAGAACUACACCGGGAGAGCCUGCCUGAUUACCAAGGGCUAUGUGCUGGUGUUUGUAUGUUUCUCCACGAAGGCCAUCCAUUUAGAGCCUACUUCGGACCUCACAACAGAGAAAUUUCUCGCAGCAUUCGCCCGAUUCGUCUCGCGAAGAGGGUGCCCUCGACAAGUUCAAUCAGACAAUUGGAAGACCUUUGUUGGUGCAGCCGCAGUGCUGUCGCGUGAAUUUCUGCAAGCGGUCAAGGAAUCCGUGACGAAUGCUUAUAGUCACCAGGAACUCCUGUGGCAAUUCAUACCACCAGGAGCCCCGCACAUGGGAGGAUUAUGGGAAGCUGGAGUUAAAAGCUUCAAGACGCUGUUUUAUAAAUCCACAGCCACUCGAAAGUAUACGUUCGAAGAACUUUCCACAUUGCUGGCCAAGAUUGAGGCCUGUCUAAAUUCGCGUCCACUCGCCCCGAUGUCCGAAGACCCCACAGACUUGUUAGCACUCACGCCAGGUCAUUUUCUCGUAGGUGGACCCCUUCUCGCCACCGUCGAACCCGAAAUUAAGGGUGCGUCCACUUCUAUUAUCAACCGGUGGCAGCACCUUAAGGCCCUUCAUCAGCAAUUCCGCCUGAGAUGGAAGGAAGAGUACCUCAAGGAGCUCCACAAGCGAACAAAGUGGAAAGUCCCCACCAGAAAUCUCGAGGUGGGCGAGAUGGUUAUAAUCAAGGACGAUAAUCUGCCACCCAAUGAGUGGCGGCUCGGCAGAUUGACUCCGUGUUUCCCGGACCCGAUGGUCAUGUCCGAGUAG